GUGACGUCACGGCAGUGGAGGGCGUUGCUAUCCCGCAGUUGUAAAAUCAGCCGGUCGGCGUCGUAAACUUCGGCCACUCUUUCGAGGGAAACUCGAUAUAGUUUUGAUUUUUUUUAUUAUUGGAAAAAAUGCUUAUGUCCGUCAAGUCAACUCAGCGGCUCGUCGGGACUCUUUUGGAUGUUGUUGAAGUUCACUCGACCACGUUUUUUCGUGGAAUUGCUAAACGAGGAAAUGGCAGACAUGUUUGUCCCGGUGGGUUCCUGACAUUGAGGAGGGCCACCUUGCCCCUGUGCGCCACCUCCUGCAUCGACCGCCCGCGUCGCAGCUUCAUCAACCCGGCCGCCCCCGUCACUCUCCGCAGAACCGAGUACGCCGAGAUCCGGACCUUAGGCUACACGCCGGAGCAGAUGUUCGGCGUGGUGUCCGACGUGGCUCAGUACCAGCAAUUUGUGCCCUGGUGCAAGAGCUCUCGCGUCAUCAGGGGCGAGGGCGGCGACGUCCGGGCCGAGCUGGAGAUCGGCUUCCCUCCCGUGAUGGAGCACUACACUUCUGACGUCACACUCGUCCCCAACCACCAAGUCAGAGCCUUGUGUACCGACGGGACCCUCUUCAGCCAUCUUGAGACAAUCUGGAGGUUUGAGCCAGGACCUAAAGACGCACCGGACUCCUGCAAAGUUCAUUUUUAUGUGUCCUUCGAGUUCAAGUCGUUGCUUCAUUCUCGACUGGCCCGUCUCUUCUUCGACGAGGCGGUCAAGCAGAUGGUCAGCGCCUUCGAGUUACGGGCGGCCGCACUCUACGGCCACCAGCAGGAGGCGACACUGAGGAGGCGGUCCUCAUGACACCACCUACACCACACACACACGCGCACACAUGCACGAGAAGCUAUAUUUUCACAUAGACUAAUUUAUUUCUCACAAGUUAAUUUAUUCUGACUCAUUUGUGCACAAAUGUUUUCUGAUGAUUUUUACUUAACUAUUUUUUUUUUCAAUUAAAAGUUUUUUUUAAUGA